CAGCUGAUUACCCACCACGUCACUUUGCUAAAUCUCUAACCGCUUCUAACAAAUAAUGUAAACUAGUGUUUAUUACAAUAAUUUCAUGUCCAAUUGUUUCUUUUUGUAAUUGUGAAAUGAAGUUCGCUGAUGUUUUGCGUCGGCUGGACGCGUAUCCACGCACACUAGAUGAUUUUAGUGUACGCACUGUGGGCGGUGCUGCCGUUACUAUUAUAAGUACAAGCAUUAUAAGCCUGCUUAUAUUUCUGGAGUUCCUCAACUACAUGAAGCCCACACUGAAUGAGGAGCUGUAUGUGGACACGACACGCGGUCACAAGCUGCGAAUCAAUUUGGAUGUCACGUUGCACAACUUGGCCUGCAAUUAUAUAUCGCUGGAUGCAAUGGACUCCUCGGGUGACACACACCUGCGAGUGGAUCACGAUGUGUUCAAGCAUCGCUUAGACCUUAACGGCGAGCCGCUAAAGGAGACUCCCAUCAAGGAAAUUGUUGCCGUUUCACCGCCCAACAAGAACACAACAUGUGGGAGUUGCUACGGUGCAGAGCACAAUUCCACGCACUGCUGCAACACUUGCGAGGAUGUUUUGGACGCCUAUCGCCUACGGAAAUGGAACAUGCAGGUGGACAAAAUCGAGCAAUGCAAGGGAAAAUACAAGCGGACCGACGAGGACGCCUUUAAAGAGGGCUGUCGCAUACAGGGUCACCUGGAAGUGAAUCGGAUGGCAGGCAGCUUCCACUUUGCACCCGGCAAAAGUUUCUCGAUUCGUCAGUUUCACAUACACGACUUUCAGUUCACAAAUGUCAAGCUUUCCCAUACCAUAAACCAUCUGUCAUUUGGCGAGAAGAUUGAAUUCGCCAAGACGCAUCCAUUGGAUGGUCUCCGUGUGGAUGUUGAUGAGUCCAAGAGCGAGAUGUUUAACUAUUAUUUAAAAAUUGUGCCGACACUCUAUGAACGUCACAGCGAUGGUCAACCCAUAUAUACCAAUCAGUUUUCGGUCACCCGCCAUCGCAAGGAUUUAAUGGAUCGAGAACGCGGCAUGCCAGGAAUCUUCUUCAGCUACGAGCUGUCCCCGUUAAUGGUUAAAUAUGCCGAGAGACACAGCUCCUUUGGCCACUUUGCCACAAAUUGUUGCUCAAUCAUUGGAGGUGUCUUUACCGUGGCGGGCAUUCUGGCCGUGCUCUUGAACAACUCCUGGGAAGCUAUUCAACGCAAACUGGAGGUGGGAAAACUCAGUUAGCAAAUCAUUUCGGACUAUUUCAAGAAUCUCUCCAGCUUUAUUAGUCCUAACUCAUUCCAUAGUGCAGCGAAUUUUUCACAAUGCCAGACAAAUCUCUAAAUAAAGUGCUUAUAUUUAUAA